CUCGAAAAUCAUACUCAAAAAAUGAUUGCCUCAAGACAGUGGACCGUUUUAGCAGUCGCUGGAAUCGUCUUCCUCGCUGCAAACUGCUUCGCCUCGUUGACUUACGAAGACCUGGCGAGUCUGGAAGCCGCCAACUCCAAGCGCCACAUGCUGAUUCCAUUCCCCAGGAUGGGCAAAUCCGUCGCCGGUUUGCCAAUCGCCAGACUUCACUACCCCAUCUACCAGACACAUUCCUUCUUCGUUGACCCAGCCACAAUCGGCGCCGCUCUGGACGACGCGGCCUACGAAGACCUCGAAUUGACCGACCUGGCUUUCGACGCCACUGCUGCUGCGGGUAAGCGUGCUCUCUGGCUCGGUCCUCGGUUGGGGCGAAAAAAGCGACACUCGGCGUCGUCCAUCAUCACUGCGGGGUUCCUCAAACCCAAAAAGCCUUUCGGAGCUGGACACGUGCUGAAAAGGUCCCCAUUCGCGCCGCGUCUGGGCAAAAAGCGCGCCAGUCCAAUUGCGCCCCGUCUCGGCCGACCCGACCCAAUCGUCCGCUCGCUCUAUUCUCCGCGAAUUGGCAAGGACCUGGAAAUCAGCGAGAAACAGCAAAUGGACCAGCAACAGAACAGCGAGGUUCCCGCCAACCUGAACAACAACAACAACGACAUGGAGCCCAGGGACUUGUUCAUCCCUCGUCUCGGCUAAGAAGACUGUUUUAUGAGCU